AUGCACACAUUUUCCACAUUACCCGUCGAACUUGUUUACCGAAUUAUGGAUCAUCAAAAUGAGGAGACGCUAUUUUGCUCAAUGCAAAAUAUUUGCCGGCGGCUCAAUCAGAUCCUGAGCACCUAUGGACGAUACCGAAAACUCACCACACUCAACCUCAAUUCGAACAAAAUCGGUGCUAAAGGAGCACAACACAUUGCGGAUGCGUUGCGAACGAACACGACGCUCACCACACUAGAUCUCGAUUAUAACGGAAUCGGUGCUAAAGGAGCAAAACACAUUGCGCAUGCGUUGCGAACGAACACGACGCUCGCCACGCUAAACCUCCGCCGUAACGAAAUUGGUGAUGAAGGAGCACAACACAUUGUGAACGCGUUGCGAACCAGCACGACACUCAACACGCUAAACCUCGUCGCCAACGGAAUCGGUGAUGAAGGAGCACAACACAUUGCGGAUGCGUUGCGAACGAACACGACACUCAUCACACUAGAUCUCGGCUCUAACCGAAUCGCUGUUGAAGGAGCAAAACACAUUGCGGACGCGUUGCGAACGAACACGACGCUCGCCACGCUAAACCUCCGCCGUAACGGAAUUGGUGAUGAAGGAGCACAGCACAUUGCGGAUGCAUUGCGAACGAACACGACACUCGCCACACUAGAUCUCGAGUAUAACGGAAUCGGUGCUAAAGGAGCAAAACACAUUGCGGAUGCGUUGCGAACGAACACGACGCUCGCCACGCUAAACCUCCGCGAGAACGGAAUUGGUGAUGAAGGAGCACAGCACAUUGCGGAUGCAUUGCGAACGAACACGACACUCGCCACGCUAAAACUCCAGUAUAACGAAAUUGGUGCUAAAGGAGCACAAAACAUUGCGGACGCGUUGCGAACGAACACGACACUCGCCACACUAAACCUCGCCGGCAACAGAAUCGGUGAUGACGGAGCACAACACAUUGCGGGUGCGUUGCGAACGAACACGACGCUCGCCACACUAGAUCUCGGCAGGAAGCAAAUCAGUGAUGAAGCAGCGCAACUCAUUGCGGACGCGUUAGGUCGGAAUGCAAGAGUCAAAAUGGUGUAG